AGAACCACGUUGGCUCAAUCAGCGCGAGACACGACCACCUCACCAUGUUCCGCGGCCUCUCUCGCGCGCGGCCUCUCUCGCGCUUGGAACAUCGAGCCAGCUCGACACAGCCAGUGACACUGCGUUGGUCGGACGGACGCUCUGCCGGCGCCUUUCUUCCCAAGUUCCUGCGUGAGAACACCUUGGAGGCGUGGGACAGCAGCUCGAAGCAACGCCUGCAUUUCGGCAUCCCUUUGGACUUGGAGGUCACGGAUGCCAUCCCAGUGGAGUGCACGUCGCCGGGCUUUCUGAACUUCAAGGGACCUGCAUUCAAGGUCUCCUUCUCCGAUGGCCACGUGGGCCACUUCGUGGCGCCCAAGGUGCACACGGCGAUGUGGCAGAAGGAGCUCCAUCAGACUCACCAAAAGCGCUAUUGGGGUCACGAGGAGGCUGCAGGCAUCACGGAGGACCUCACGGGCGGACGCCUUCGCUUCGACUGGGCCGAGCUGCACGACGCCGGCGCCAAGCAGCGCUGGAUCGAGGCCAUGCACACCGACGGCGUGGCGCUGGUCACAGGCGUUCCUCAACAUCCUAUGGGGGUCAAGGACUUUGCUGAGUUGCUGGGGACGUUCGUGCUGCCCAGCGUCUACGGUGAGACUUUUGAGAUCAAAGCCAAGAAUGACCCCAACAACUUGGCCUAUUCCAACCUGGGGUUGCAGAUGCACACGGACUUGCCCUUCAAUGCGGUGCCACCCAGCGUUCAACUCUUCCAUUGCUUGGAACAGGCCGCCGAGGGCGGCGAGUCCAUCGUCAUGGACGGCUUCGCGGCCGCGGAGGCGUUGAAGGCCGAGGAUCCGGAGGCAUUUCAGCUGCUAUGUGAUCAUCCUUUGCGAUUUCAGGACAUCACCCCUGAGUGGUUCUCCUCUGCCGAGCAUCCCACCUUCGAAGUGUCCAAGACGGGCUCGCUUUGGCGUGUGAACUUCAACGAGAGGACUCGCGACUCCUGGCGCCACUGGCAUCCGGAAGACUUGCAUGUGAGUGCGCGGGUCUAUGAGGCCUUGCAGAAAUUCGAGAAGCUCGUGGAAGAGCGUGCGCGCUAUGCGGCGCUGCGCUUGAAGCCCGGCGAGAUGGUCUGCACCGACAACUGGCGCGUGAUGCACUCGCGCUCCGGCUUCGUCGGCUCCAGGCACUUUGUCGGUGCUUACUUCGACUGGGAUGCCCUGCAUGCUCGCUGGCGACACUUCGCCAAGACCUUGGAGCAUCAGUGGGAUCUGAGGUAGCUCAGUGAAGCGCUGAUCAGCAUGCCGACGUACGGGACUGGAACCGGUGCUUGCUGAACGCGUGGUUCACGAGUGCCGGUGGAGGAUCACUGUACUGUAUUGUAAUUAUCCUACCUACUCCCUGUUCGAAAGAUGUUGGUUUUCGGAUGCUUUCGGCGAACUGUGUAAGACGAGACCUUGGCCAACGAACCACGGUCUUUAACCCCAGGACCCACCAAAACUACUGGGUCGGGACCAGGACCAACGAAGUUUAACCUGCCUCCGCUUGGGAGCGGCCAGACGUGUCGGUCCUAGUGCUCUUUCGCAGUUCUGCUCCCGAACAAUCCAUGGGACUGGAAGAUUUACC